AUGACGAGCCGCGACAACAACAAGCAAAUGGAGACCGACAUGGACGAACAUGGCGAUAUGAAGAGCGACGUCCUCAUGCAGGCAAGCAUUGCCAUGGAGCAGUACACAGAUGAAAAGGACAUUUCCAAGCACCUCAAGCUGUGGCUCGAAGAAAAGUACGGCCCAACAUGGCAUUGCAUCGUCGGGUCCGAGUACAAGGUGUCAUUUACUUACGAGAGCAAGAACUUCAUCAAGUUUAACGUCGGCAAGAAGUGCAUAACGCUCUUCCGCCACAACUAG